AUGUUGCCGAAACCAGACCUUUACCUGGCUGUAAUAGUUCUUCUGGCCAUUGCUUCGGUAGCCCAGGCCCUGCCUAUGAGUGGAAGAGUGGUCAAUGGAACGGAUUCCAGCGUGGAAAAGUAUCCCUUUGUGAUUUCCCUGCGCGGUCCCUCUGGCUCUCAUUGGUGUGGCGGUUCCAUCAUUUCCAAGCAGUUUGUCAUGACCGCCGCCCAUUGCACAGACGGCAGCACUGCUAACCAGCUCACUGUCCAAUAUGGAGUCACCACAAUCAGCGCGCAGGGUCCGAAUGUCGUGCGUGUGAAGAAGAUAAUCCAGCAUGAGGACUACAGUCCGGAAAACAGCUAUGCCAACGAUAUCUCUCUGCUCAUGCUGGAGGAACCUUUCGAGUUUGAUGGCGUUACUGUGGCACCCGUGAAAUUGCCCCAACUAGCCUAUGCCACACCUCAAACGGAGGAAGGCAGUGAGGGUGUGCUCAUUGGCUGGGGUCUGAAUGCGACGGGCGGCGUCAUCCAAAAUACUUUGCAGGAGGUUGGACUGAAGGUCUAUUCGGAUGAGGAGUGCACUGCCCGGCAUGAGGGCGAAACGGACCCUAGAUAUCACAUCUGUGGAGGAGUGGAUGAGGGCGGCAAGGGUCAGUGCAGCGGCGAUUCCGGUGGCCCUCUGCUUUGUCAAGGUCAGCAGGUGGGCAUUGUGUCCUGGAGCAUUAAGCCCUGCACUGUGGCUCCUUAUCCUGGAGUUUACUGUAAGGUUUCCCAGUAUAUUGACUGGAUCAAGAGGAACCAAAUUGUAUUGGCAUAAGCAUGUUAUGUUUUAUAUUAAUUCGAACGAUGAAUUAAAUUUUACUUUAAAAUAAAAGUUCUAAGUAUAAAA